UUAUUUAAUUUUUAUUAUUUUGAUAAUGUCAUGCAUGAGUACUGCACACACAUUACCACCACCCUCCUUUUUCCCUCAAAUUCCUCUUCUAACCACCUCAUUACAAACUCUAUGACCUCUUUUUGUUACCAUUCAAUAACUAGAUAUAAACACAUGAAUAUAUUAAUAAUCUAAUUUCCCCCACUACAUUGUAAACAUAAGUAAAUAACUUAUCACUCAGAAGAUACUUUUCAUAUUUACAAAGAUGAACGUGUAAAAUUAUGCAGAUUUAGAGUUAGUGGGAUUUUAGUAGUGAUCCAGUGUCAAAAUUUCAAUUUUACCAGAUGGGGAAGCAGAGGUGGGCUACCAUUGGCUUCCCUUGGCUCUCAGCUCCAUAAUGAAGCAGAGGAAAACCUGCCUGCCUACCUGAGCCUGGAUGGGUCCUACUAACACAAGCACUGAUUGCCACAUGGAUACUAGAUUAUAAAUUAGUAUUUGUGCCUUUGUCUUUGAGGAUUUUGUAAUCAGAGACCAUAUCAAACAGAGCUGCAAACAUUUCUUAGAAAGAAAAGUCUUCUUUUAUUUUUCCUGAACAAUUAACUUUCCUUUCAGCAAGAAACCAAGUUGGAACUUGAGAAGCUGACAUUGUAGUUCCAGUGUCUCUUCACUCACAAUUCUGAGAGAGGGAGGGAGAGGGGGAGAGAGAGAGAGAGAGAUAGAGAAAGGGGGGGGGGAGAGGAAGAGACAGAGAGAGACAGAGAGAAAGAGAGAGACAGAGAGACAGACAGAGACAGAGAGAAUAUUUUAUUUGGGGAAAUCAAUUUACAUGUGAUUACGUUUCUGAAGUGUAAAUUUUAGGAAUCCACGACAAAAGGCAAAGACUCAAAAGAACCUAUUCUUAAAAGUAAGAUUCUCUCCCAGGCACCAGAGAGUAACAAUUUAUGUCUUGAUAUAUAAGUAAAGUAAAUUUUAUACUGAAUACUAAAAGUAGAUGCAAGUUCAGCCACUGAAUUCAGUCCAAUAAGUUAUCCCAAAUGGAAGCCGCUAUUGCUGCUUCAUACUUGCUCCAUGUGAAAGAAAUCUGUCACAGAGUCAGUUCCCUCACGUUCAGCAAAUUGUCCAAAAUGGAAUCGCUUGAGAGGAUUCGUACACUCCAAUAAUGAAGAGAUGAGCAAAAUGUAAAGAUGGAUGCAUUUCCUGAAUAAUGCAUGCUGUCUCCCAAACCACUCUAACGAUAUGGAAGAGAAAAAUCUGGGUUGCUAGAUUUAUGGGCUAGCUAUUUUACUUGUAUUUCAUUUUUAUAUAUGCUUUAUACUUUUACAACAAGUAAAAUUAUCCCCCAUCAAAACGCUAUUUCUAUUCAAACAGAACAAAUAUCACAUUCACAAGAAGCCAGGGAUCACAGAUGUUUGAAAAGUAAAGGUUUCUCUUCACCCAGAUUUGUUAUUAUGACCAUUGUGGGUAAAUACAAUUUUUGUAGUAUCACAAUCAGCAAAGGUGGACAGCUGACACGUGGCAACUUCCUGGACAGAGUAACUGGGGCAGGAAGACAGCCCUUAGCUAACCACACCCCCCACACAGCUACCCAACACCCAGGUCUCUGUUCUCUGCUCCCCAAGUGCUGAAUUUAUCAAAACAUCAGCGGGCAAAAUGGCUGUGCAGGUAAGGAUGCUUGCUGAAUGAAAAUCAUGAACACCAGAGUUCAAGCCCCAGGACCAACGUGCUUGUGGGAGAAUACCAACGCUGGAAUAUGUGUCUCCCUCUUGCCCUUUCACUGAUGAGCAAUCCUCUGAGUACUCAGAAAUCAGGGACUGGGACAUUGCUUAUGUUCCAUUUACCAAAUAUAUAUUCCUCUGCGCACCUCGGAAAGAGCCACCUGCAGGUACAUGUGGGUGAAAUUAGUGACCUUUGAUAAUUAUAGCCCACAGUGCUCCACUUCUAAAGUAGGCUGACUUUCUGAUUUAUAACAUGGUUCCAGGUUCCAGGCUCCACGCUGAGUAUAAGUUCUUGCAUACAGGUGGAAGGCGAAUGGAGAGGAUCAGAACCUUAAUCUCACCCUUGUUGCCCCCUCCCCUUAUCUCGUGUUUGGACAAAUGCUCAGGGAAACAAUUUUGUAAUGAGAAUGGCUUGAAUGGCGAGGAAGAAAGUAAGAUUUUUUUUAAAUGUAUGCAGUAAAAAAGAUGUGCAAAGAAGAACCUUGUGUGGUUAAUGUCGUUUUUUACAAAUCUUUAGGGAUUCCAUUGCUUUACCCAAGCAGCCAUCUGGGGACUCCAAGCUGGAGGUUAAAGCCUUUCUAUUGCCUUAAGACAUCAGGCGCACACCCUUGGGUCACCAUGUGGGACAAACGUCUCCCAUGCAGACAGGUGUUGCACACGCCCAGUGGGGCUCCAGCCGGGGAUCCCCCUCGCACCCCCUCCCCUGCUACCCCUGCUUUCUCGAAGUGCUGGAGCAUGCCUAGUGGCCACUCUGGAGCCACCGAGGGUUUUUGCACUGGCUCACGCUCCGCUUCUCCGGGUUUUAUCCAGAGCCCGCGGGGGGUGGGCGGGGGUGCUGGGGUGGGGGAGCCCGCAGAGCCCGGCGGCUUGGGCUACACGAGUGGGGAGUGCGUACGGGUUGUCUCCCGCGCGCUUUACGGUUGCUCGGGAGAUGCUGGAGCGCAGAGCCUGGUUGUUGCUGCUGCUGCUACUAUUGCUUCUGCUGCUGCUGCACCUGGCGCGCUGAGCACCGUGCGGGGAGCCCCCGAGGGCCGGCGGCGGUGCGGGUACGCGGGUGGCGGACUGCGGUAGAAUGAAAGCCUGGCUCCUCCGGCGUUGCAAGCCACCGCUCCGGCGCGAUCAGGUGCUGGCAGCCAGCCGCCCGCCGCUCCACUAACUUACCACUUGGUCGCGUCUGGUGUCUGCAUUUUCGGGUGGUGGUGGGGGGCGGGGACAGUGGGGAGUCCGAGGAUCUGCUGUAGUCGAAAAGAGGGAUCCUGCAAAAAGGGGAGCCUGCUUGCCUCUGCCGCCACUCUCCGUCCCCUCCCUGGCGCUCCCCACCCCCCACCCCACCGCUGCCGCCGCUCUUCCCUUCCGCCAAUUCCGAGAGCGACGGGGCGUCUGUGACAUGCGAUCGCUUGCCAAGUGACGGUCCCCGAGUGUGAAGUGCCCGCGAGGAAGUGUGAGCUCCGACGCGGGCGGCGAGGGGAUGACAGCCAUGAAGCAGGAGCAGCAACCCACCCCUGGGGCCAGGGCAACCCAGUCGCAGCCAGCGGACCAGGAACUGGGAAGUAACAGCCCUCCCCAAAGAAACUGGAAAGGAAUUGCCAUUGCUCUACUGGUGAUCUUGGUAGUAUGCUCCCUCAUCACAAUGUCUGUCAUCCUGUUAACACCAGAUGAGCUAACAAAUUCUUCAGAAACAAGACUGUCACUAGAGGAGCUUUUGGGAAAAGGGUUUGGACUUCAUAAUCCAGAAGCUCGAUGGAUCAAUGAUACAGAUGUGGUAUAUAAAACCGACAAUGGGCACGUCAUGAAGCUGAAUGCAGAAACAAACGCUACCACGUUGUUAUUGGACAACUCAACUUUCGUAACUUUUAAAGCAUCCAGACACUCACUUUCCCCAGAUUUAAAAUAUGUUCUCCUGGCAUACGACGUCAAGCAGAUUUAUAUUUUUGAAAACAAUAUCUACUACCAACCUGAUAUCAAGAGCAGUUCUUUAAGACUGACAUCUUCAGGAAAAGAAGGAAUUGUUUUUAAUGGGAUUGCUGACUGGUUAUAUGAAGAGGAACUUCUGCAUUCUCAUAUUGCUCACUGGUGGUCACCCGACGGAGAGAGACUUGCCUUCCUGAUGAUAAAUGACUCCUUGGUGCCUAACAUGGUUAUACCUCGGUUUACUGGAGCACUAUACCCCAAAGCAAAGCAGUACCCAUACCCCAAGGCAGGUCAAGCGAAUCCAUCAGUGAAGUUAUAUGUUGUAAACCUGUAUGGACCAACUCAUACUUUGGAGCUGAUGCCACCCGACAUUUUUAAAUCAAGAGAAUAUUACAUCACCAUGGUUAAAUGGGUGAGCAACACCAGGACAGUGGUCAGAUGGUUGAAUCGUCCUCAGAACAUCUCCAUCCUCACAGUCUGUGAGUCUACCACCGGGGCAUGCAGUAGGAAAUACGAAAUGACAUCUGACACCUGGAUCUCUAAACAGAACGAGGAGCCAGUGUUUUCUAGAGAUGGAAGCAAGUUCUUCAUGACUGUUCCUGUCAAACAAGGUGGAAGAGGAGAAUUCCACCACAUAGCUAUGUUCCUGGUCCAGAGUAAAAGCGAGCAAAUUACGGUGCGACAUCUGACAUCAGGAAACUGGGAAGUGAUAAGGAUCUUGGCCUAUGAUGAAACAACUCAAAAAAUCUACUUUCUGAGCACAGAAUUUUCUCCCCGAGGGAGACAGCUAUACAGUGCUUCUACUGAAGGACUAUUGAGUCGUGAUUGCAUCUCAUGCAACUUUAGGAAAGAAGAUUGCACGUAUUUUGAUGCCAGCUUUAGUCCCAUGAAUCAACAUUUCUUGUUAUUCUGUGAAGGUCCAAAGGUCCCAAUGGUAAGCCUUCACAGCACAGACAACCCAUCAAAUUAUUACAUCUUGGAAAGAAAUUCUAUGAUGAAAGAAACUAUUCAGAAGAAGAAGCUCGCAAAGAGAGAGAUUAGAAUACUUCACAUUGAUGACUACGAACUUCCUUUACAGUUGUCCUUUCCUAAAGACUUUUUGGAGAAAAACCAGUAUGCUCUUCUACUAAUAAUAGAUGAAGAACCAGGAGGCCAGAUGGUGACAGAAAAAUUUCAUGUUGACUGGGAUUCAGUUCUUAUUGACACCGAUAAUGUCAUUGUAGCAAGAUUUGAUGGCAGAGGAAGUGGAUUCCAGGGCCUCAAAGUUUUGCAGGAGAUUCACAGAAGGACAGGCUCAGUAGAGGCAAAGGACCAAAUAGCAGCUAUAAAAUAUUUACUGAAACAGCCAUAUAUUGACUCCAAAAGAUUAAGCAUUUUUGGAAAGGGAUAUGGGGGAUACAUUGCAUCAAUGAUCCUAAAAUCAGAUGAGAAGUUUUUCAAAUGUGGAACCGUGGUUGCACCCAUCUCAGACAUGAAGUUGUAUGCCUCAGCUUUCUCUGAGAGGUACCUUGGUAUGCCAUCAAAGGAAGAAAGCACUUACCAGGCAUCCAGUGUACUGCAUAACAUUCAUGGUUUAAAAGAAGAAAAUUUAUUAAUAAUUCACGGAACUGCUGAUACAAAAGUUCAUUUCCAGCAUUCAGCAGAAUUGAUCAAGCAUCUGAUAAAAGCUGGGGUGAAUUACACUCUGCAGGUCUAUCCAGAUGAAGGAUAUCACAUUUCAGACAAGAGCAAGCAUCAUUUUUACAGCACAAUUCUCAGAUUCUUCAGUGAUUGCCUAAAGGAAGAAGUAUCCGUGCUGCCACAGGAACCAGAAGAAGAUGAAUAGUGGACUACACUUAUACAGAGCUGAAGGGAGUAUUGAGGCUCAAUGAUACAGAACCAAGAGACUGCCUUGUUGUAGACGCUCCAGAAUUCUAAAGGCAGCUUGAGGAGGUGAACAUGGAACAGCACACUCAGACAGUGAACUUGAACUUGAAGACAGACGUCCUCACUACUGUGCUGCCAAGGGUGCAGAAGGUGUUUCAUUGUAAUGGGAAAUUGCAAAGGUUGCUUUCCUGGGGAAAAAAUUAGUUUCACAUUAAAGUAGGAAUAGUGCAUGUUUCCUUCCGUUAUCCCCUUUUGUUCUGUGACUAGUUACCCUCACUUUGAUUUCAAUGGUCAUGAUCACCUUUGCAUAAAGUGCAUAGCGUACCAUCAGUACCAUAGUCCCUGAUCUUUGAUGGCUGAGCUGCAAUCUAACAUGUUAAUGUAACUUUAUAAUAAGUGCAAUUCUCUCAUUGUCUAUUAUUAUGCUUAAGAAAAUAUUCAGUUAAUAAACAAAAAACAGAGUAUUUUACAUAAAGUUCUGUUUUUAAAAAGGUAUUAUUAAACGAGUAAAGGCUAUGUAGAAAUAUGGAUUUCAGCACCUUCCAAAGUUCAGGCAGUUGUCAGUAGGUAGAAUACUUUUAAAUCAACACACACGAGUGUUUGUCUCACAGUAUAAUAUAAAUAUAUAUAUAUACACGCACGUGUGCAUAUGCAGUGAGUCUAUCUUUAUAUGUUACUCAUGCUACAAAGGGUAAACUUUAAUGAAUGACAGUGGAUACUCUUUUACAGGCUACAAUGGAUGCUUCUUUAAUGAGCCAAAUAUGAUGAGACCCUUUUGUUUCCAGUUCAUAUUCUAGCAAUUGCUUUCCUAUAAAUGUUUGGGUUGUGUUUGGUAUUGUUUCUAGUGGUUAAUAGUUUUCUAGUUGCAGUUUACUUUUUUGAAUAUGAUAUCUUGUCACAUGUAAAUUAGAUAUUAAAUAUUAAAUUAUAGUUUCUGAUAAAGGAAUUUUGUUAAACAAAUGCAAUGCCACUGAGUGGCACUUUGCUCUCUUGGUGGAGAAGGCUUUUUUAAACACUCAGACCUUUUACUUCAAACUCUCAGUGCAGUAAAGUCAAUUCUCAAUUCAUUAUAAAAGCAAAAAUAAGAAUUAUUUCAUUUUUCUUCAGAGUCUAAGUAGAAGUCCAUGCCUGCUCAAUGCAUCUCUUGCUAUUUAACUAAGCCCUUGUUGUAAAAAUUAAAAAUGAAGUCAUUUUUACUUAUUGCUCCCCCUCCCCCAAACAGCAGUAUGUACCUGGUAUUGCUUUUAAAUGGACAGUAUAUGGGGCACCAAAUCCUACAGUGAGUCAAUUUGGAGCAGGUAGCACCUGAGCAGGAAAACUAAACUUAACUCUACGGAGUUUCAGUCACGAGAGAGCAGGCAGCCUUGGUGGCUGAAGUCCAGUGUGUUUUCAGUCCAUAUAACGAAUAUUACAGAAUAUGAUGCAAAGUCUGAAACCAAAGUCUGAUACUCAGAAAAUCCCAGUGGCAUAAUGUCUAGACACAGCAUAAAAUCUGUUCUUUGGUAGAGCUGGGUUCCUCUAUUCUCUGAAAACCAGGAAGAAAGGUUUAAACGUAAGGAAUUUGUCCAGCUACCCUGGGCUUCAUCAAAUGCACAACCCAGGAUUCUGAGGUGUGCUCCUGGGACUGACUUGGUUCUCCCUCUUUUCUCUUUAGUGCUUUGGAAUUGUGUCUUCUCUGCCCCACUAGAUUCAGUUUAAUAAAGGAAAGAUGCCCUCUCCAGAAAGACCCAUUUUAGGUCUUUUUCAAGGAUAGUGAACACAUUUUUUAACAAAAUAGGUUGUAAUGUUUCCAAGGAAAGUUUUGCCUAUUUUAUUAAGAUGGACGUUUCUUUUUAGGCUGAUUUGAAGUCCAACUGAAGCUUUUUAAUCAAUAUUUUAAAAUUCAACCACUAGAGAUUUUUAUGAUGCGAAUAAUUAUGUUGUCUGAAAGAUGUGGUUUUAUUGAAUGUCUAUUUGAGUAACAUUUAAAAAGUGUUUACCUUUUCCUGUCCAUCGUUUCUCUUGUUUAUGGUUAUUAUCAAUGUUUAUCUAUUUUUUGAUUAAUUUAAUACAGUUUGUAAUGUGAAAGUUGCUUGUCUGGGACCACGUUCACCUCACAGCACUAAUGGAUCUCACAUGAGUACACAAUGUUUAAGAGGAAGAUAGACAGUUGUCCUCUCUAUGAUUUCGGGAGUUCUUCGUGACUGGGCUAUGACACACAAAGGAAAUGCUCAUUGGUAUUUUCUCCUACUUUACGUUGCUGGAUUAUAGAACAGGACAGGAUUUUACAUGUUUGCCACAGUUGCACCCCAAUAAUUUUCUGCAUAUUCACAAAUUCUGACGGUUUCCUGAGACUUCAAUGGCACGCUUCCUCCAAAAUUUCUCCUUCAUAUUUAAGUAAAAUUUCAAAUCGCUACAUUUCCAUUGUGAGAGUCGUCAGGAGUAUUAACUCAGAAAAGAACACAUACCCUUCGAAACUCCUUUGAAAGCAAUUUUGUUUUGCCCACUUACAUUCAGAGCAUUUAUGGACUCACUCACUAGGGACUGAGGAGUAGCUUAUUAGUGCCUCUUGCGUUGCUAGGAUAAAUCACUGUGAUCAAAAGCAACUUACAGAAGAAAGGUUUAUUUUAGCUUACUGUUACAGCUGUCAGGGAAUGUAUGGCUGCAGGAGAAUUGAGGGGUUGGCUGGUUGUUUAGAAGCAGAUAUAGAACAAGAAAUGGGACCAGGCUAUAAACCCUCAAAUCUGCCCCAGUGCUGUACUUCCUCAAGCAAGGUACCACAUACUAAAGGUACCAUAACCAUCCCGCCCCCCACAAAAAGCACUGCCAUUUGAGACCAAGUGUUAACAUACAUGAGUCUAUAGAGAACGUUUUGCAUUCAAAUCACAAAAGGAGGUUGUGUUGCUCUGUAAAGUGUGAAAGGAUGAGGAUGCAGUUCAAAACAUGAACCUCAGCUUGCAGCUCAGCACAGACACUCCCAAUAAACGUCAUGUUAUAGAGGUAUAAGAAUAAACACUGGUUGAUUACCAUAUGGAGAAUGAUUCAAACCGUUGCCCUUCAAGUGAGACUUAGGCAUUGGUCUCUAACAGAUAGAGAAUGAGUAGAGAAAUUUCUCACCAGAUGAUGGCUUUGAAAUGGGUGUUACAAGACUAGAGACAUGCUUCAGGGUUCAAAAGUGCUUACGUCUCAUGUGAAGGGUCCAGGUAUCCACAACUGGGACCUACAACAGCAUUUAAAUGCCACUUCGAGUUUAUAGCGACUCUCUUCUGGCCUUUGUAAGAACAUUCAUGUGCAUGGAGCACCUACAGCAAAGCAGGAAUAUGUGUGCCUAUAAGAUACACAGGCACACACACAAUUAAUAUUUUAAAUAAAGUUACCUAUAAAUGA